UGAAUUAGGAGCGCCAGCCUAUGGAGCAAUGUCAACGGCAGAAGAUAUGGCGGAGUAUAUGAAGUUCCAUCUUGGAGCGUAUAGAAAUGACGGAUCCAACAAUCCAGUUGUAGACGCUGAGAUAUUGAGGGAAAUGUACAAACCAAACCAAGCGAUCAAUCUUUUCACAGCAUUUCUUGAGAUUGACGGUCUGGAUGAUUUGCAAGAAACGUGGAGAAUAUAUGACUAUGGCAUGGGAUUUUGGAUUGGUAAUUAUAGAGAAACCGACCUCGUACAACACGGUGGUUAUGGGCCCCAUAAUACCCUGCUGACAUUGUUCGAAUACUGGAACAUUAGCAUCUAUACAACGAUAAAUGGACCACUUGAUCUCGAAUCACAUGCUACGAUGUCAUUCAUUCAUUUCUAUAUCGCAGACAUCUUGCGUGGCAACUCUCCUAUAUUUGGUAUCGGAUACGCCUGUGAAUACAAUCUCCCCUCGAAAGCCGGUUCAUUCUGUGGGCCUUUCAACGUAUAUCCAGAUUAUAGCAUCGAUAAAACUAAAAAUUCAACCUCUCCCAUUGAAACAUACAUUGGAACUUAUAUUAAAGGAGAUGAUGAGGUCGAAAUUAAAAUUGACGCCGUUACCCCUAACUUAGUGAUGGUGAAAGGAUGUGAAGAGUACAUUCUUUACCCGGAUGGUGAGGCCCACUCCUUUGUUGUUGAGUCCACAGGAGAAUGUUUGGGAUGUGCUAAAGGUGUUGUCUUCACAGGCUUACCAGAAUCUGCAUCGUUUGAGGGUUUCUCAAGUCUGAGUAUAGAUGGCGUUCGGUUUCGAAAUUUGAAAAUAAGCUCCGCGAGCGAAAGCGAAUGCGAUCAAUUAUAGGCCCUUGGUCUGCAAAAGGGUCUGGCAAAAGGGGUGGCGACCUUGCAAUAUGGAGUUGCAAAUGAUCAAUAGUACAGUGAAUGAUAAAUGUUGGGUUGAUUUUUCAAAUCACCCCAACUGCUUGUGUAUUGAAAUCUU